AUGGUUCAAGAAAAGGAAAACUUUGUUGAACAAUCGAAGCAUGCAUCAUUCUAUACUGGUGGAGACUUUUACGUCUCCCAUGAUGGUCGAUACUUAUUAUGCACUUUUAAUGCACUAAUUCAUGUUCUUGAUAUUCAAACACAACAUAUCGUUCGUUCGAUCGGACAAGAUGAUACAUCAUCUGAAGUAGCAUCGUUUGCCUUAUUCAACGAUCUAAUCGUCGUGGCGUAUCGUAAUCAACUGUUACGGCAGUUCAAUUGGACAAUAGGAACAUGUCUACGCACAUGGAAAUCCGUGCAUAAAAGUGCAAUUGUAUGCAUGACAUUCGAUCCGAAUGGAACAUUAUUAGCAACAGGUGGAGCAGAUUUCACGGUGAAAAUCUGGGAUGUCGAACAUCUCUAUUAUACACAUAAUCUGAAGGGAUCAACAUCGAUUAUAGGUGCGGUGCUUUUCUACACAGCAGAAUCGCAGAAAAUUCAUGUUAUUAGUGGUUCUCAUGAUGGUCGAAUUUUCUUACAUAAUCUACAUGUGUCGGGUGCUAAACCAACUGUGUUAGAAGGGCAUAUGAGUGCAGUUACUUCAUUGGUUCUUCACAGUGAUCAUACAUUAAUCAGUUCUGGUCGCGAUCGUGUUGUCAUCGUUUGGGAUCUUCAAACUUUAUCAUCAAUUCGUACUAUUCCUGUUAUGGAAACAGUGGAAGCACUCGUCUCUCUGCCAUCUCACGAUUUUCUCAAGCCGUUAAAACUGAAACAUACAUUUUCAUCUGACGAGCCUUUGUUCUUUACAUUCGGCAAUUCCGGUUUAGUUAAAUUAUGGUCAGGAACAACGGGUCGUUGUCUAUUAAUUCAAGAAGAUAAGACUUACGAAAAAGUGGCGAAUAACUCGUCAUUCAGUAAAGAUAUCGAACAUCAACAAGUAUUUCUCAAUGCUUAUUUCAACGAAGCAACACGGAUGUUCUAUACAAACACAGUCGAUCAUACGAUCGUUGCAUUUAACAUCAAAAAGUUAAAAUUAGAGAAACAAUUUAUUGGUGAAUUGGGUGAUGUUCUCGAUGUUCGUUUUUUGAAUGGAGAUGAAAAUACUCCAACUCAUGUAGUCGUGGCUAGCAACGAUGACAAAGUGAAGAUUUUCAAUUUGAACACAUGGAAUUGCCAACUAUUGAAAGGUCAUACCGACAUUGUCAUUGGCUUAGACAUUAGUCAUGAUCAUAGGCUAAUUGCAACGUGUUCUAAAGAUGAUGUCGUACGAAUUUGGUCGUUUAAUGCUGAUAGAUCAUCAUUUAUAUGUACGGCCACGGCUGAAGGACAUACUGGCGAUGUUGCAGCUAUAGCAUUUGCAAAAACUUCCAAUUCUUUUAUUGUAUCGGGUAGUCAAGAUACAACAGCUAAAGUAUGGUCCUUAGAAAAUUUGGUAUUAGAUGCUGAACAACCACAGAGUCUGUCGUCGCUGUUUACAUUAAAAACGCACGAUAAAGAAGUCAAUAGUGUCGCCGUUUCUUUCAACGAUAAACAAUUUGCAACGGGUUCGGCAGAUAAAACAGCAAAAAUCUGGGAUUUUCGAAAUCAGAAACUAUUAGCAGUUUUAUCUGGGCAUCGACGAGGAAUUUGGUGUGUCCAAUACUCACCAGCCAAUCCGGAAUUGGCGACUGCUUCUGCCGAUGGAUUGAUUAAAAUCUGGUCAACAAAAGACUAUAAUUGUUUGCAAACCAUUGAAGGGCACGAUGCAUCAGUUCUUCGAAUCACUUAUCUAUCUAUGGGCACGCAAAUCAUUAGCAGCGGCUCCGAUGGUCUUUUGAAAUUAUGGGAUUUGAAGAGUAGUACUUGUGUGAAAAGUAUUGACGCUCAUGAUGGAAAAAUUUGGGGAAUGACCGCUUCGACGGAUGAAAGUCUCCUUGUUACUUGUGCAAGUGAUUCGACAGUUACGAUCUGGCGUGAUUCCACGGAAGAAGAUCGCCAAGACAAACGAGAAAAAGUCGAAGAAAUUUUGCUUAUGGAACAAGAAGUAUCAAAUCUAUUGGUGAAUAAAAAGUUCCAUGAAGCAUUGAAAAUAGCCUUAAACCUCAAUCAACCAUACCGAACACUAAUCAUAAUUAAAGAAAUUCUCAAUGAAAUGAAUGGAACAGACCAAUUGAAAGCUACUCUAUUACAAUUUUCCGAAGAUCAUCUGAAUCUACUUCUCACAUAUGCGAUCGAUUGGAACGCAAAUACAAGACACUCGACUGAAGCUCAAACAAUUGUUAAAAUGCUAUUAAGUAUCCUAACACCGGAUCAAAUCAUGAAACUUCCCAAUGGACAAAAAUGCGUUGAAAGUUUAUUACCGUAUACUGAACGACAUAUGUCACGUAUUGAGCGACUUUCACAACAAGUACUUUUUCUCGAUUUUAGUUGGCAUUCAAUGAAAUAUCUUGAGCAAUCAAAUCCGCUAUCUUCCGACGAACUUCAAACAACGUGA